CCGCUGACUCCAGUAACGCAGUCGAACAAUCAUGGCGGAUGAUUUUCGUGCUUUCGUUUAAUCUACUGCUACUGAUACUUCCAAGAUAAAGGAUUUAUGUCAGUAAACUAUCCUCAGAUCAUGAUGAUAACACCGCAUAAAAUACACACAAGUGUCUGAGAUAGAACAUUGUAAAGAUAUCUGCCAAGACCUUUUGGUUACACCACAGAAAAAUAUGGUAGCUUCACGUUUGGUGCCCAAGUUUACUUCCCUGUUUAGUAGACAGUCUGCUGCUAUCAUUGGAAUGAUUCAUGUUGAUGCCUUGCCUGGAACACCAAUGAAUAAAUUACCCAUGACUGAGAUAGUUGAUAAAGCCAAACAUGAAGCACUGAUCUACAAGAAGGCAGGGCUGGAUGCUGUCAUGGUAGAAAACAUGCAUGACCUUCCGUAUCUCAACCGUCAAGUUGGACCGGAAAUUACAGCUGCAAUGAGUGUGAUCUGCAAUUCACAUGCCAUCACAAAUGAUGUUGACAUCUUGGAAACAGCCAAAGCAGCAGAGUUCUUUCAUUCAGAUGGGGUUGUUAUAACUGGUAUCUCUACAGGAUCCCCCGCAAGCUACAAGGAGAUGUUAGCAGUACAUGAUGCAGUAUCUGUGCCAAUAAUAAUAGGAUCUGGGGUGGAUAUCAGUAACGUGGACCAAUAUCUAAGUGCUAAUGCCAUGAUAAUAGGGUCRCAUUUCAAGGAAGAUGGCCAUUGGUCCAAACCUGUCAGUUUUGACAGGGUUAAGAGCUUCAUGGCCAAAGUCGAACAAAUCAGAAAAUAAAAAGUUAAAUAAAGCUGCCGACUGUUGAAGUCAUGAACUUUUACAUGCUCUGCUCUGAGAGUACACGUGGCCCAAGCACCCCGUUUUGGGCAACUUGUAAUAUUUUGUUUUUCAGGUUUCAAUGACUGAACUCGCUAGCGAAAUUUCCCAAAAAAUAAUGGUUAACAUGAAAUAAAUACAAUUUAUCUUGA